AUGUAUUCUACCUACCCCAGAAGCCCUAUUGUGUUGUGGGCACCCUUUCCGAUAACAUAUGUUAUCCUGAUAGCAACAGACCAGAUGAGGGGCAGCUGGUAUCGUUACUACGCCUGGUUGAACUAUCUCAUCUCAAUGACUUUAAUAGUAUGUCCUUGGACUGCAUUAGCGAUAGGCAGCUUCCUGGUAGGUGUUAUCGAUUGGGAUUCCCGGCUAUCUCUAGGGGAGCAGCAGAGAUUAUCAAUGGCACGACUAUUCUGGCACAGGCCUACCUUUGCUAUCUUGGACGAGUGUACUUCGGCGGUGAGUAUUAAGAUGGAACGAAGGCUCUUCAAGUUAUGUGGUCAACUUGGUAUAUCACUUAUUACUAUAUCCCAUCGUCCAGCACUGCAUGAGUUCCAUCAUCAUAUGGUUACACUGGAUGGUUGUGGAGGGUGA